UUAAUAUGGAGAAGUAUAAGAAAAUAGCAUCACUUGGGGAAGGAAACUUUGGAAAAGUCAUCCAUGUGCAGGAUGUAAAGACACAUCAGGAGUUUGCCAUGAAGAUUUGAAGAAUUGAUAAAAUGCCGAAAGAUCAAGUCACAUCUUCUCUCAAUGAAGUCAAAAUUCUGAAGAUGAUGAAGCAUCCUUAUAUUAUUGGGUAUAGAGAAGCUUUUAUUCAAAAGGAAAAAUAUCUCUGUAUUGUUAUGGACCUUGCAAAGGGAGGAGAUCUCUUUUCAUUCAUUAAUAGACAAAAAGAAGUCAAUAAGCUUAUCCCUGAAAAUAUUAUCAUGGACUGGUUUAUACAAAUGGCAUUAGGAAUCAAACAUAUACAUGAUAAGAAGGUGCUCCAUAGAGACCUUAAAACUCAGAAUAUAUUCAUUGGAGAAAAUAGAGAAAUCAGACUCGGCGAUUUUGGAGUCUCUAAACUUCUUGUUCAUUCAUAUGACAAUGCUGAGACAGGAAUUGGAACUCCGUACUAUUUAUCACCAGAGAUAUGCAGAGGAGUGCCUUACAAUUCCAAGUCUGAUGUUUGGGCUCUAGGAUGCAUUCUCUAUGAGCUCACUACUCUAGAUCAUGCAUUUGACUCAAAAGAUUUCAGUGGGUUGAUUAUAAAAAUUUUGAGAGGAAAAUAUAAGCAAAUUCCUUCGAUAUAUUCUAAGAAUUUAUCAAAUCUGAUUUGUAAAAUGCUUGAUAAAGAUCCCAAAACCAGGCCUUCAAUUGGAAAGAUUUUAGAAUUACCUUUCCUAGCUGAAAGAAUGAGAGAUAUCAUGUCUGAUGCAACUCUGGUGCCUAAAUUUAGUGAUACUUUUAAGUUCAGAAAUCUCAAAUAUUUUUCUCAAGAAGAAUCGAAAGAUCUUCAAAUAGAACCCCCUGCAGAAAUCAAACAAAAUAAGAAAAGAAAAUCAUCGAUUUCAAAAAGACAGAUUAGGAACUACAUCAAGAGUAAGAAACUCAGUAGACGUAACUAUAUCUCUAAGAAAGAGACCGAGCAAGAUGAUGCUUUAAAGAAGCAUGAAGAACCUGAGGAAGUAGAUAACGAAGAUGAAGAGGAAGGAGAAGGAGAAGGAAAUAAAGAGGUUAUUAUUCAACAAUUUCUCAAAAAUGUUCCUGGCACCACCUCCAGUGAUUCCAUGAGCUACAGAAUAGAAGCUUUAAGAGUACAUUUGGAAGUCAAGCUAGGAGAAACUGACUUCAUAUCUGCAUAUAGACUAUACUCAAAUCUUGAUGACGAGGAAGAAAGUGUGCAAAAGCAAAUCUAUGAAAUUUUAGGAACUGAGAAAAUGAAGUUCUACCCAUUACUUUGUCAGCUUAUUGUCUGUAGUGAUUUCUUCUACAGAGCUAAAUAAUUUCUGAUGUUAUUCUAACCAACAAUAAUUUAAAUUUAUUGUUUCAAGU